AUGUAUUUCACGUACAUUUGCUGUUUGUCAUUUUGCAUUGGCACAGCUUUGGCUGUGUUAUAUAAUGGUGAAGCGCCUAGGCAUACUGCCGAUCUAAUUGUUGGAGAAGUGCAACAACAACAUCAGCAUAGGCAACAACAACAACAGUCUCUUCCUGGUUAUCACUACAGUAGCCCAGUGCCGCCCACACCGCAACACGCUUUUGCUGGCUAUAGCUAUAAUGCGCCUGCAGCUACAGCAACAACACCAACAACCACAGAGGCGCCUACAACCACAACCACAAGUACAACAACAACCACAGUUCGACCCACAGUGACAGGUGCACCCGCCCAAGUGGCACCUGUUGGAUACAUUUAUGGCUCGCCCAUUGCCGAAAGUUAUAACCAACACGCCUUCUAUCCACCGUACUAUCAGCAAAUCCAUCACACACCCGCAUUGGGAAUUGGCAGCGCUCUUAAUGUGCAACAGCAAUUGCCUUCGAGCUCCGUGCCCAACUACUUUGUGCCACAUUCGGAAGCCACCAACACAGGAAAACGUUUUGAAGCAACGCCCAACUAUUUUGUGCCACGCGUUGUGACGGGCAAAGGAGUAGUGCCACAAGCAACGCCGUCAACGCAACCAGAAAAGCCAGAACGCAAGGAAGAGCCAGAAAAACGUUUGCCUGUAGUGGGCGCUUACAACUAUGCGCGUCCAGUACAUGGUGCUGAAUUGGCAUUAGAACCAUUGACGCCCUACCAGCGCGCAUUUCAAGAGUUUGCCGACUAUUUGAUAUGGCAACGGGCGCAAGGUAAGCACCAGGACAGCGCGCAGUUUCAACAACAACAGCAACCAAAAAUUGUUACACAACCAGCGCAGAAACAUCAGGAUGCUACGCUACAGCAGGCUUCACAAGCGUAUGAGAAUAGGGCGAGCUUUCCUGCCGUUCAAAAGCAAUUUUCGUAUGUAGCGCCAGCGCAGCCUAGCAGUAGCACUCCUCUGGUGUCGCAGCAAGCUGCGGCUGUGAGUUUUCCUACACAAACUUAUCCACAAAUUCCGACUACACCAGCAAAACAGAGCGCUCCGCAAUAUGCAGCGAAUUUUAUUGAUCAAACUCAAGCACAGGCAGUUGAUCAAAAAGGUCCAGCGAUCAGCGACAAUUUGCUUACCGGCGAACGCUAUGUGGGCAGCGCCAAUGCUGUGGGGUAUUUGGAAAUGCCUUCCGAGUCUUGGGAGUUGCCCUCGUACACCACUAUGGAAAUGGCGGCGAUACCCAGCAAUGAGCUGAGCUUAAGUCCGGUUGUCGUGCAAGCGAACACUGUAAAGGGCCCGAAAUAUGUUUAUGAAUCAGAACAAAGGUUAACGCAAACUGCUCAACAAACGAAACUACAAACACAAACACAACAACAAUAUGGUACGCAAGUACAACCACAACUCGCUGAAAGUGCUCAAAGCUAUGCGCCAACAUUGCAACAGCAACAACCCCAAACCCAGAGGUAUCCAUUAGUGAGUGAUAAAAGAUUUGCGCAAACACAAAUGCAAACCUAUCAGCCGACUCAUGCACCGCAACCACUAACACUACAAGCGACCAAUGAGCGGUCUCCACAACUACAGCAAUGGCCCCAAAAUUUAGCAUUACAGGCACAACAGCACCAACAGCUGGCACAACAAACACAGCCACAAAAUAUCUAUCUUAGAGAGCCGUUUGCACAAACUGCACAAAUCGCUGCGACUGCGCUUCGGCAGGUAUUGCAAGAACAGCCAGCGUCUCAACCAAGCAAGUCGGUUGGUGGUGGUCUCACGCAAGGAACGUUGGAAAAUCUACACCAACAGCAACAGCAGAAACAAAAACAUCAACAACAAUAUUAUGGCAGCCUAGAAGCGCAACAGUAUCCAAGAGAGCAAUCCACCAUAGCGCCGAGCGCAUACCCUCACGACUCUCAAACACCCACUCAUCCUACUCUAGCGCCUUUAUCGAACUCCAAUUCUAAUGUGUACUUCCAUAAAGAUACGACGCUAUUGCGACGCCCACACAGCAGUUAUGGUGUACCCAUAGAAAAUACUAACAUCGCCGGUUACAGCUACCAAAGACCAGUGGGUCAGUGA